AUGAUCUACAUUUCCAAACUGACUCCCAGUUUAGUUUCUGCCUUGGCCAAAACAGGUUGGCGUCACCAAAUGAAAGCAUUGCGUGAUGCAAUAGGGAAACAUAUUGCCCUCGAGACGUCUAUGCGCGUACACAUGCCGAUACUGGGCUUCAGGAAAUAUCGACUAGAGUUCCACAUGGAACAUCUACUUCUGAGGCCAUCAAGUCAGACUGAGGGCUCGGUUACUGAUGAAUCGGUAGCCGAUCUCUCAUUUCUCGAAUUAGCUGACGCUGAUGGGCUGAUCGUUCCCUACUCAUUAUAUCGAGAGCACAUGACUCUGGUAAUCUGUGGUUGGAGUAACAUGCAGUGGACCGGUUAUGUUUUCACACAGGCUGAUAAAGAUAACUUGAACAUCGAGGACAUGGACGAGCUCAAAGGAAAUUUCCUAGCCUCCGAGUAUGGAUUCGACUUCACCGCUCCUCCGCAAUCCAUCUUAACAUGGGAUGCAAGAAGUUACUGGCUACGUUUAGUAGCGCAUCGUAGUCAGUAUGUGCUACGAGAAUGGCUAUAUCUCGUACGAACAGUUGAAGAGGGAGUAGAAGCAUGGAAAUCGCAAGACUCUUGUAACAGUGGUACAACUCAAGACGCUGUACUUGCCGAUGAUAUCAAAAGAUCUUUGGACAAGACCCUCCAGACGAUGCAGCUUCUGCGCCGACUGGGUGACACGCUUUCAGCCACGCUCCGAGCUUACAACCGCUUCAGCAAAUCAGGUGGGGAUAUAUGCUACUUCUCAGAUAUCAGGGACUGCUCCUCUGUAAAGAAUAGCAUUGUCGAAUCAUUUGAGAAGCUCACAGACUUCUUGAACAGACUUCAUUCACUAGAUGACUCUUGCAAACACUUCGCAACGCACUUGGGACGCAUUCUUGAUCUCGAAAACAAUCGCUUGAUCAUACAAAACGAACAACUUAGUCAGGAGAUCAAUAUGUAUCAUCUGGCUAGCCACCAAUUGAGCGAGCGCAUGCACAAACUAAACGAAGAAACAUGUAGACUCAAUAAAGAGAUCCACAAACUCAACGAAAGAAGCACAGAAGCGACGUGUGCGAAUCAAACAGAAUCCAUCAAAACCAGUCAUAGCACACGCGUGAAUGUUGAGUUACUGCUACUCACUACUCCGCUGGGCGUGGUGCUUCAGUACUUCAGCUCCGAGCAAGAAAUUCUAUUCUUCAAGAGGAGCCCCAAAACCUUUGUUCUCGCGACGAUUGUUCUGAUGUUGCUUCUUCGUUUAUUGGCCCUGGCGCUUCAGCACGGAGGUACCUUACAGCGCCUUUUUUACCGGAAGCCAUCCGCCGCCCCAAGAAGAUCUCAGCCGCCGUGUCAGACUUUGAAUAACAUCGAGUUGGAACAGACACAGAAUGUAUGA